CCUCCAAUAAAUCAGCAUGCAGGAACGGAGACUGCUGUCCUUGAAGAGAUGCACAGUGACCUUGCUUGUGCUUACUCCAGAGGAAUAACCAGGGGAAAUUCAAGAGCCCAAAUAGUGAGCGGUAUAUGACUAAAGGCACUGCAUUCUGCCUGCAAACGCUACGAUACCGAAGGCAUGCUUGCUACACAAAAUGCAGCUUUCCUGCUAGCCUGACCAGAUUGCUGCUGUUGUUUUUUUUUUUUGCAGGGGACUGAAUGAAAUCCUCAUGAUCAUUACAUGCUUAUUCACUAAUAGCACACUCCAGUCACGUCUCCUCGCAAGCACAAUUCGUUGUAAUCACUGAGCAGAAGCAAAGAAGAGCUGAUGAUUAUGUACUUCCAACGCGGGUUGCCGGAGCCCUGUGUUUGCCAUUGGCUGCAGUUUUCUGGUUUAUUUGCAGCUUCCCCCAUCUGGAAUAUGAAAAUGGGAUUGAAAUAGAUAAUUACUAGCAGCGGGUUUUUGAGAGAGGUUUGGAGGGAACAGAAUGCCUCUCGCACAGUACAGGGUGCCUGCGCUGAAAGAGCUCUGAGAGAUGAUUUUAGAUGUUACCCACGUCUGAAUCUCCUGGAAACUUUACCAUGGAAGCAAGCCACUGCGCACAAUUCUGGAGCUGAAGGGGCAAGGAAGGGGCAGCAGGGCCAAACAAUGGGAUACCUUGUCCUUGGAUUCCUCAGAGAAAAAACAGUAAGCACUCCCCUCCGCUUCCCAGCAGAAAGGGCAUGAAGGUGACAAUGAACUGAAUUUUACCCAGUGGAGCUUCAGUGGCUUUAAAGAAGGAUGGGGUACACUGACCCUUCUUCAAGCAGGGAUUUACUGGGAAACAGAACUUUGUUCUUCAUAUUCAUCUGCGCCUUUGCCGUGGUCACCUUGCUGCAGCAGAUCCUCUAUGGAAGAAACUAUCUCAAAAGGUAUUUUGAGUUUUAUGAAGGGCCUUUGGAAUAUAACUCUACCAAAUGCCUGGAAUUACGGCAAGACAUCAUUGAGGUGAAGGUUUUGUCUAUGGUGAAACAAACCGAGUUGUUUGACAGAUGGAAGAGCCUACAGAUGUGCAAAUGGGAAAUGAAUGUUACAGAGGCCAAUUUAUUCAAGUCUACUUUGUCAAGGUGUUGCAAUGCCCCUGCCUUUCUGUUCACCACUCAGAAAAAUACUCCCUUGGGAACUAAACUGAAGUAUGAAGUGGACACCAGUGGAAUCUUCCAUAUCAACCAAGAAAUCUUCAAAAUGUUUCCAAAGGAUAUGCCAUACCACCGCUCCCAGUUUAAGAAAUGUGCAGUGGUUGGGAAUGGAGGAAUUCUGAAGAACAGCAGAUGUGGCCGGGAGAUUGACAGCGCAGACUUCGUGUUUCGAUGCAAUUUGCCUCCGAUAUCAGAGAAAUACUUAACGGACGUUGGGGUAAAAACGGAUGUCGUGACUGUGAAUCCCAGUAUAAUUACUGAGAGAUUCCAUAAGCUGGAAAAAUGGAGGAAACCCUUCUACGAUGUGCUCCAGGUCUACGAGAACGCUUCUGUGCUGCUGCCAGCUUUCUACAACACUCGCAACACGGACGUCUCCAUCCGGGUCAAAUAUGUCCUGGAUGAUUUUGAAUCUCAGCAAGCUGUUUAUUACUUCCACCCCCAGUAUCUCAUCAAUGUCUCGCGCUACUGGCUCGGUCAAGGGGUGCGGGCGAAGCGGAUUAGCACCGGACUGAUCCUGGUGACUGCUGCCCUGGAGCUCUGCGAGGAGGUCCACCUCUUUGGCUUUUGGGCCUUCCCCAUGAACCCCUCAGGGAUUUUUAUAACUCACCACUACUAUGACAAUGUGAAACCUCGCCCUGGUUUUCAUGCUAUGCCCUCAGAAAUCUUUAACUUCCUCCACAUGCACAGCAAGGGGAUCCUGCGGGUUCAUACUGGGACCUGCAGCUGCUGUUGAUGGGGAUAAUUCUUUUUCUGGCACAACAGUGCAAACAGGAACUCAAUGCCUGUGUAUGGCACAUGAGGUUUUACUACACCCUGAGAUUAUGCAAUAAUUGUUUGAUAUAAAUUUCCUCAAGGCAUUGCAUCCCAUAAGAUCUAGGAUACCAGCAUCUUUCCUGCUAGCAGAGUGGGGUCUGUAACAGUGUGGGAGAAGCAAAACUCCUCUGUUCCAGGGUAUACACUACCCGGGAAAGCAAGUCAGAUCAGAAGCAGAUUUCCAAUAGGUUUAGGGAUAAACAGAGCACAUUAAUAUAGUUAUCAUUUCACUAUGAAAAAAAGCACCAAACCUUUGAGGAGAAUCAGUGGUGGAGAAUUUUAGCAUAGACUGUAUGACUUCACCUAAGUUUCUGAAUUGAGUAUAUUGGGGCCUUGCCAGAUUUUAUUGAAAGCACUGUUCUCUGUCAUUUGUGCUUUUGAAAAUACUCUUUAGAAUUGUAGUUUUAAGGGGAAGUGUAUAACUUGAGGUCUUUGUUCUGUAAUGUCCCAAAGUAUUGGUGAAAAACAGCAGAUAGAUGUGAUAGGAAUAAAUAAGAUCACUUCAUGGAAUUUUUCAGCCAGGAUAGAAGAGAAUGUGAAACUCUCAUUCACAGCAACAGGUGAUGAUGGUGUGCGAUUGUUUUAGGAGUUUCUUUCCUCUUCCUUCUCAUGUCUUAUGUUUUUGGUCUCCUCUGCUGAUCAUGUUUUCUUUCUCGUUGUCUCUAAUGCUUCCUUCUAACUAACACAUAAGCAAUGCAUUCACUUCAUCCCACAGUGACCAUCUCAUCUUCAGAUCGGAGUCCUUAUUGAAGAAAUAUACUCCUUCACACUUCUGCAAGAUUUUCUUGAGCUGAAUAGCAAGGAGAUUAUGUAGUUCUUUUUUGGCAGUUGGUAUUUUUGUUCAUAUAUUGCAGUGUAAGACAGAGGCGUUACCUCCUUGAUUUUUAUUAUAGACUUUGUAGGGUUAUUCGAAUGUUGAUUCACUGUUUUGCAGGUCGAGUUGAAACUGUCAGGCAUCUGUGAUAUGUACUGGCAGGAAAUGAAGUUAAAAUACAGUGAAGAUACUUUGUGGCUUUGAUUAUGAUGUGUAUUUUAAGAUUACGCAUCCCAAGAUGUCAGAUGUCUUAAUGUGGCAAUUUUGUAUGUCGAGAAUGUUAUUAGGAUAGUAAAAGGGCUGGUGUUUCUUUAAAAAUUUACCACUGUAACUCUGUCAUUGAUGCCAACCUUAAUUUUUUUACCUGAUACAGUUAAUCUGGCAAAAUCCUGAAGCAGAAAAGAUGCCGCGUGUUGCUGGAGAUUGUUUUGGCUGCUGAACCGUGGUGUGGAAGGCUGCUGAUAUAUGACCUUUCAUACCAGCAUGUCUGCAUAACCAGGAGGGCGAGGUUUGCUGUUUCAGCUGUGCUGGCAUAGUUAAAUGAACAGAGUUUCCUUGUGUAAGUCUUUAGUCUGAAGCACUUGGGCUGUUGUCCAGUGCCUUGUCUUGUCUUGCUUAGAUUGCAAGGUCUUUGAUCAAGGAUUUGGAGUUCAAAGUGCUGGUUCUGUGUGAGAGGUGCUUUUUUUUCCGGGGGAGGUGGGAGCGAGAGUCUAAAUCCAAAUCUAGAUUUUGAUUUUGUAAUGCAUGAAUGCAGAGAGCUUCCUUUAAAGUCCUCCGUGCUAUGCUGAGAGCUGUGCAAGUUGCUCACGCUACAGAUUAAAUUAUUAAAAAGUGAAGUGAAGCACAAUAGUUACCGUUUCAAAAGUCCCUGCUGACCAGCCGUGACCCAGAUGGUGUGCAAGAGUGUGUUUCCUUGGCAUUAUGCUAGACUCCAGAGGUCUGAUUACUUUAAAAGCAGCCCAUAUCCUUGAUAAAAGUGUCAGAACUCACUCGGCAAACACCAGCCAGGGAUAGGGGAAGGACCUGUGCUUAAGCUUUAUAUAUUUGUGUUGUGCUUUUGGUCUUAGAGUUACAGCGUGUGUUAGCGAGCACCACCUUUUAUGGGCUAGCUGUGCCCUAUGCAGCAUCUGAAGAAUGAACUUGUACAUGAAAUGGUUUCCUUGAUUUAAUAUGCAAAAGAGAUCUUUGUCUUUGCUGUGUUUCUGUAAAUUUAUGUGCAAAGGGCUUUGAUGAUGAUGUGCUGUAAUGGAAGUGCUAUUUAGAGAGCAAUGUGACCCUGUGGGUUGGACAUCUUGCUGUGCAUUAAGCUUUAUGAUAACAGUAAUGAUGCUGAAGCUGGUACCUAGAGCCCUUGCUCCUUAUUUUGCCUGAGUAUGGGACUAGCGGUGACUUCAGUAUUGCUUUGCUGCUGCUGCUUUGCUAAGGUUACCCUCUUUAGUAGGGGUUUUUUCUUUACUGUGUUGAUUGAAGUGAACAAAACCACCCGAAAGGAGUCUGAUACGUUGCAAAAGAUACUUCAAAAAAAGAUGGGAAAGCACUCAAGGAGCAUCCGUGAGUUGGAAAGAAGUGGUGCAAAUCCCUCUUUUUAGUUGCAAAAAUCCUUUUGGACUUUAUGGACAGACAAAAGGAUAAGCAAAACUGUAAUUAUAGUUAAACUAUAAUUACUGGGUCACAGACAUUUCCUUUCCUUUGUUUGCUUCAUGUAAAAGAGCCAUGUAAAUUCACCUAGGCUAUACUGUAAUAAGUGCAGUCUUACUGUGUUUAGAUUUUGAUCAGUUAUAGAUCUAUAGCUACUAUAUUUUUUUAAUUAUUUUAAAAUGUGUGUGCAGGAUACUCGCACAUAUGCACCAAAGGCCCAAUCUUGCCACAUUUAUCUGAAAAGAGCUCCCAUUCAAGUGGAUGGGUAUUUUAUUUGCAGGAACAGGCCCAGAUGUGUCUGUGAAGGUGUACAUAGGUGUACAGUUAGAUAUAAGGCGUGAUUUGCGAGCCAGAAAGAUACUUAAAGAGAUAUAUAUAAAAUAGUCCUUGAGUCAAAAUGCAAGUUGCAAUGUUUUCACUUUCUGAUUAAUUUUUCAGGUGUUGUUCAAAAAAUGAUUGAAGAACUGUGGCAUUUGUCGGAAAUGCCACAUGCAGAAGCUUUCAGAUAUUUUUUGGCUUUCUUACCUUGCACUGGGUAGUGGAAAACUGGAUUCCUGCUGCUGUACUGCAGCAUCUGUGGGACUGAGUGGAAAAGGCGUGGUGGCAUCUUGCAGGAGCAGGGUCUAAGGAUGGGCCCUACAUGCUGCUCUGUUCUCCGUGGGUAGCAAAUAAAUAGUGCCCAGGAGAUUUUGGCCAUGUGGAGGUCACUGCCUGUGCAAUGUUGCUUUGGCAUGGGUGAGCCACCGCUGACCAACCUGAGCUUCUGCCCAUCCUGACUGAGUGGAUGGAAAGAAGGGCUGUUGCAGGAAGAAGGACCCUCCCUGUUUUCUGCCGUGAUUCUUUUGAAUAUCAAGCAUAAGAAAUACUCUUUUGACAUCGAGAAUUUGUCUUGAGUUUGAGGCUAUUUUGUUUUCCCUUCUCCCAUGCGGUCAGAGCUUUGAUAAUGUCCAGUCUUAAGCUUCUUUGAACAGUGGGAUACCUGAGCGAUGAGAAACAGCUGUCUGGAAGCCAGAUGUGUGUGCUGCCCAUUGUUAUGGCAAGUAAAGGGCGUGCGUAGAGUGUCGUGCUUUCCCACAGGGAAGACUGCAGGUUCCAGAGAAAUCCCUCAAUAGAAAAGUCUGAUCUGUCUGAGAAGGAGCCCUGUCAGCUGUCUGGUACCACAUCCUGAGCUCAGGCUGUAAUCCCAGCUCUAUUGCUGAGGAUAUGAAAUCUGAGAUAGGGAGAGAGAAAAUUAUAAUAUUACGGUUUAGUCACUGACUCUGCAUAUUAUUUAUGACAAUCUCUUAAGAAGUUCUGAAAUCUGCAUACACUGGCAAUGCAAAUUCAGUCAGAAAAACAUAGCUUGGACAUUCAGCUGCUUGCUUUUGAUUUCUGAAAUCCAACUUUGCUGUUGGAUAGAAUGGAUUAAAUGGUGAUAGGGCCAUUAUAAUAUUUUAGCAUAUUUUCUGUGAUUGCAAUGGAGUAGUCAAAGCCAGCUCAUGAAUUGCAAAGGAAGAGAGACGUGCCAUGGCAUCUCCUCCUGCUAUGGUCUGGGGGGGAAGAAGCACAGCAAGAAGGUCCAUGAUAAACUGGAAAAGUGAUGUGAUGUGAAUAUGGGAGACUGCAGCCACAACUCCCAUCCAGAACAUUUAGUGACGUGGAGUAAGAAGAACAGCGAUGAUAGAUGAAGCUUCACAGCUUGCGAUGGCUGGGAGUAGCUCCCCUGGACCCCGAAAUAAAGCUGUCCCCAUUCAGCCAAGGCUGACGAUAAAUUAAAGGUAAUGUUCACUCGAGAUGGUCAGAUGUAGUAGCCAGCAGAAAAUCAACUCUAAGAAUGGUCCAUUCUGCGGGGGUUUGGUGAAUCAGUGGAAAUGUUGCACAGACCUCGAAGGCAAAAACACUGGUGGUGACGCAGCCAGGUGGGUGGACUGCCUUUGCUCGGCUUUACGUGGCAGGAAGGAGCAAUCUCUGUUUUGUGUGUGAGGGAAACUGGUGUGGGUGAAACACCGAGAUGUGGAGCGAGAGGGAAUCUGGCCUUUUAAAUCUUCAGAAAACCUCUGACUGUAGAGAGCAUAACCUUUGGUAGUGAAAAUGGUCUUUUCUCCAUCUUGCUGGCAUCUUAGCAUGCAGAAAACUUUGGAGCUUUGACACUUAUACGAAUGAAGAAACAACAAAAUCCAGCAAUCUCUGGAGUCAGAAUUCCCUCUCAAAUUCUGGAGUGAGUGAAGGUUUUAGGAAUUCAGGAGUCAGUAUUUAUGCUUAGGGCCUUUUCCAAAACCCAGUGAAAUCUGUGGAAAUGUUGGUGUACUUCAGAGCAAGCCUCCAGAAAUGGGCCCUGGUCUUGGGCAGGAAGAGUAGCCUCUUCUUUCUUAUUUGAUUUCAGAUGUGUUUUUUAAUAUAUUGUAUAUACGGUGCAGUAGCAAUACUGUGUUUUUAAUGGGGUGUGUAUAGAACAAACUUAUCUGGAAGCAGAAAUGUUGUGACUGUCACUCUCCCUUCCAGAUUUCAGCACUUUUCAUCUUUUCAAACUCAUCUAUGCAAAACAUUUCAUCGUGAUAGUUAUAAAUUGCCGUAUCAAAUCACAAAUGAGCCCUCUGUACCUAUCUGCAUGCGUGUGAAUCACAUGCCUCGAGAAAUGAGGUGUUUUUCUGCUUGCUUUCAAAUACAAGCGUGGAAUUCAUCAGUGUUAUGAGUAUGUUCAAGGCAGCAUUCAGCCCAUACCCUUUGAAACCUGCACAGCAUUCACAUUUGGCUUCAACUGAAAAAAAAGCAUUGGGUCCAGUGCUUGUAAGUCAAGCCAAUAACCUGCAUUUCCCACCCCCCCUCCCAGACUAUGGUCAUUUAAUGUCUUAUUAUCAUUUUGUCUAAUGUGGGUGAGGCUGUUGAGCACCCCUGUGUUGUCUGCAUGGUAUUCAAAAUCAACAAGCAAUUGUACUUAAGUGCUUUUUUAAAUAAACUUAAGGGAAAUCCAAGUUUAUGCUGGGCAUUAGAGUGAGAGAUCUUGAGUCUCAGGCUGUCACCACCUCCAAUGCUCCCUUGAAGCCCUGAGCAUCUGAGAAACACCAGAAGUGUGGGACUGGGUCACAAUGGGAAUCUUAAAGAGUGAAAAAUCUGCCUCAGUGCUUGAAGGAUUGAAAGCUGUAUAUUUGCUGAUGUGUCUGACUUUCCCUUUAGAAGCCAUAAAUGUUCUCGGUGUUUGAUCUUUGGGUAAGUUGGUGUUUGUUUUUUAUGUACUAAUCAAUGUAAAAUGUGUUAGCAUGUAACAUGGUGACAAAUUAAGCCAGCAAAAUCAGACACUGUGUUGGCUAGUUCUUGAAUUGUCUGUUGUACCUGAAACUGCCUGAUGGGCCAAGGCACCAAAGUAUCUCCAGUGCUCCAUAUGGCUUGUGAAGACUCUGGUUAUUAUUUGGCUUAGACGUGGGGAGCAAUCAGAGUUGAAUUAAUGCCUAUCUGUUAACCUUGUGUUGGUCAAGCGAUAUACACUUGCGUGUGACACUAGAGCCUGUCCCCUAAGAGAUGAAGAAAAUUGCCUGUACCUGCUUCAGCCGGGACAGGACAUUGUGAAUUUUUCUUCCCUUCUUGGUCCUCCGUUUUGUGAACCUGAUCAAACUUCUGCAUUCAGCCCACGCCAAUUGCAGCGAACAGGUGCUGCUACAUGAAUGCUUUCGCCUGGUGGAAAAUGAAUGCUUAGUUUAGAAACACCGGAGCAAAACUGGGCAUCUUCCUGCUGGGAGAGCUUGGGCUAUUGCAAAAAACAGAGCUGGUUUCAUAUUUGUUAUUUCUGUAAGGCAGUGAUGGUGGGGGUGGAGAAAUCCAAGUGGAGUCGUGGUAGUUUCAUGCUGAUUUUAAUCCCUUGUGUUCAUUUACUCACCUUUCUUUUUCAACCUUCCACCUUGUAAUAUUUGCUUAUUGUUUCUGUAGUUGUAAUACAGUUGUAAUAGAAAGCCUAUCAAUUGAUGUAAGCCAUAACUAAAACAGCAAUCAGGGUAUUUAUUUUUUUGUUUUUGGUCUGGUUCACUGUGUUUGAAAGAUGAUUUAAUUCUAUUGAAUAAACCACUUUAACAGUUUUAUGGGAAAGGCAGUCUUUGGGACACUUUUUGUGCCUUCAAACUAAUUUUGUAUUUUCUGCUGCUCUGCUUCUCAAAACAGAGAGAGAUGGAAGCUCACCUGGUAGAAAUUGCUUCGUAUGACUAGAGAAAACUGCUGUGGAAUUGUGUAAAGAUAUGAUAAAUGUAUACAGAUGUGUAAAAGCACAUAUAGGGGUAUGAGACUAUAUAAAUUAAGAACUUAUCACUGGACGUUCAAUGUUAACAUUCUGGAUUGUAACCUACCGUACAUAUAAGCACAGUAAGGGAACUAUUACCUGAAGUAGCAAUCUGUAUGCAGACAAGAUUUAAUAGCCUCUACAAUCCGUAGGUUUUGCCUUCUUACACCUUCCUAACAGUUCUGUCUCUUACUGUUGUCACCCUUUAGAUAAACAUCUUCUUCAGGUCUGGUGUAUCUUAACAAUUCCAUCAACAUUCUCAGCGUCAGAAAAAUGAAAACAUAAAUGCAAAAAUAUUUGUAAGAUUACAGAAUAGCAGGUGAAACAACCACAUAUUCUUUGAAUUUGAGUGUUUUCCUGUAGAAUUCUAUAGUUCCUAGAUUGUAAACUGGAAUAGCAGUAGGUAAUAAAAGUAAGAUCUUGAUAUCAGCACUGGUAUAAGGAAAAUGUAAAUGAGUUUGAAGAUGCAGAGCUGUGGCGAAUGCUGGAGGAAUCAGUUCUCAUUCUUGCUGGCAUUAAAACUGAUGGAUGUACUUCCUUCCCCCAGCUGCUUGUGAUUAUUGUUAGUGAUUAUUCAAUCAAGAAGAGGAAACAUGUGGAGAGGGAAAAAUGAAUAGACAAAUUGACACUGGAUGAUAUAAUUGCUGUCUAUCAUGUUGCAAAUUGCUCAGCUAAGCAAGCAAUCACAGAAUGGUUCAUUUCCUAAAGACUGCAGCAUCCGUCAUUUUCCUUAGCGGCAUUUGCAGCCUUUCCUCUCAGAAAGUCUCAAUAAAAAGCUGUAGUGAAUUACAGAGAUGUUUUACCACAGUCUCUCUCUGACAGUGCCCAGGAGUGGGUACUUAGGGAAAGAGCAGAAGAAACAGGGAAAGUAAUAAAUGGCCCUUCUGCUGGUAUUCCCUCAAACUGGUAUUGCUAGUUUGUAUUUUUGGCCUCAGCAAUGCUGUGCGGUACCGUGUGUCAGAUUUUCUCUCUGCGCUUAUGUGAUGAAGGGCUCCCUUUUGUUUCUGUGUUUUGCUGCUUUCUCCUGACAGCACCCAGCAAGGUGCUUUUGGGUUGUGGAUCUGCUUGGCGGUGCCAGGGCAGACGCUGACCUCCCUUCUUCCACCCUAGGCGUUGCAGGUAUCAUCUCUUGGAGUAAGAGCUUGAUGAAUCUCUAUUCAUCUCCACCCCUCAGUCUCCUUUAACCCGUACCAGAGCAGCGAUGAACACUGCUAGCCAGAAUCUGCUCCUAGGCAGUGAAAUGCUAGCAGUCAGGUAAUAUUUAUAACUUGUUUUCUUGUCCACGUGUUUCAAUCAUCUCUAAGUCCUCCUAGUGAGUCUGGAUAGAAGAACAAAGCACUUAAUUCCUUAAAGAAGCUUUUGUCCAUCACAAAGAGAGAAGAUAUUCCAUCAAGUGCCUAUAACUGCUGCCACCGGCACAUCUCCGAUUGGAGUAAACACCUUGGUUACAAGGAUGUCAAUGCCAAAGCUUCCUGUCUGUAGGAACUCAGACUCCACUAUUUUUUUUUCCCCUAGCAUUGCAAACUAUUGAGUUAGAAGGUAGAGGUCUUAACCAAGAGUAGGGAGCAUGAGUAGGACAUGGGUGGGACAUAGAAAAGCGGUGGCUAUGUGGGCCCCAGAGACAACAAUACAAACCUCAAAUCCUACACAGAAUCAAGAUGAAUGUCUCACAAGGUGUCUGCUGGUAAUUGUGAUAGCCCUAAGUCGACACCUGUAGGCAGGAAGGCAGAGAUGCAAAACAGAACUCUGAAAUAAUUAACAAAAUAAUCCUUCUCUUGCUCUGCUUUUGAAUGAGCAAUAUACACAUUCCCCAACGCGCUCAGGUUAUUUUUAUCACCAAAGCCCGCAGGCAGUGCCUUUUUUUCUCUUGGAUGUGUCAGUAAUCAUUUCACAAAGCUGAAAAACCAACGGGCAAGCAUUUCAGCUUACCAUCACCAGCUUCAUUUUUCAUUUCAUUACAACUUUUGAACGUGAAAUUGGAAUUUCAAUACACCUCACCUGCCCAGCGUUAUAGAAAACUGUCAUGGUACUGAUGUCCUCCCUCCUUGCUGACAAUAUCCCUCUGAUAUUGCCACCUUUGGGGCUCAUGGAGACAUCUUUGCCCAUCCACCCCUUGCCUCCAACCCCUCUUCCUCCGUCUGCAUGAGGCAGGGAUUUAUCAGAAAGAUAAUGAGGCUUUGGCACUGGAAAAGGGGAGACCGAAUUCUCUGCCACCAGUGGGUUAGAAAUCAGGUUUUAUGGACAUCCUUGGUGUUGGGGUAGCCGGUCCUGUAGGGGAAGGACAAAGAGCUCUUGCACUCCUGUCCAUCCUGGUUCCUGGGACUCGGUGCUGCCUUUUGAGACACACUGAUAUAUGAACAGAGAAUCACAGAAUAUUUUGGGCUGGAAGGGACCUUAAAGAUCAUCCAGUUCCAAUCCCCCUGCCAUGGGCAGGGACCCCUCCCACUGGAUCAGUUUUAGCGGCCUUUCUACCUUGCUGGACUUACUUAAAAUCAAUUUUUGGAGUAUGGAGCUCAUCCUUCUCCCAGAUGAGGUGAAUGAAAUGCUGUCAAGGCAUCUGAGCUGAUGCCUGGGGCUUCACAGGCGUUUGGGUUUUUUAUUUUGUCCCACUGCCUGUUUGCUUAAUGGCAUUUGAUAAAAUUGAGGGCUAUAGUCAGGUCAAGCAGGCAAAUGCCUUUCAGGCAGUAGAACUUAAUCUUGGCAAUAUCCAUAUUUCUAAGCAUGUUACAUCCCUCGAGAAGUACU